UCUUGAUAUAUCGAAUGUCGACAGCUGUGUGCCUUUGACUAAUUUCAGUGCAAUUCAGAUUUUUGCAUGUAAGACGGUGGGAUUUAUUUUUUUUGUCAAAUGCAAAUGCAGAACUCACCGUUUAUAUUCUUUCGUGAUAAAUUUUGCGAUAAAUGAAACAAUUUUUAGUAAAAUAUAUGUUUACGCGGUGGUCAUCACAAAGAUAUACAUCAAGUAGUUGGCCUAUAAAAUUGUUCUGAUAAUCAUGAAUCUUCAAACACUGUUCCAAGAUUUCAAUCCAAGUAAAUUUUUAGUACACACCUGUUUGAUGAUAUUUACAACAUUAUUUGCACUUCGUUUGGAUGGUUUCAUAGAAUGGAGUUAUUGGACUGUAUUUACUCCAAUAUGGUUUUGGAAAAGCAUGGUAAUUUUAGGUGCUACUAUUGGAAGUUAUAUUUGGUGGAGACAUCCACAUGCAAGAUUGGAAGGAGAUGCUUAUGUACAUUAUAAAGCAAUGUUGAUUACAUUGGCUUUACAUUUAAUUCUUUUAAUGUUUGAAUUGUUAGUAUGUGAUAAAUUAGAAUCUGAAAGACAUCUUUGGAUGCUUGUAUUUAUACCUCUUAUUUUCAUCUCUGCAGUAUCAAUAGUUGUGUGUAUAUGGGCUGCCAAACAUGAUCGAUCAUUUGAACUUGAAUUAUUUUGUGCAGUAAAUAUUUUACAAUUUAUUUUCUUGGCAUUAAGAUUAGAUGGUUUUAUAACAUGGAGUUGGGAAGUAGUGUUUGCUCCUCUUUGGGCACUUUUAUCUUUAUCUUUAGUUGCAGUUCUAUAUGCUAUAGUAUUUGCUGCUGUUUUAUUAAGAACCCCACAGAUUAAUGCCAGGCAAAGGCGGACAUCUUUGAAUUCAGCAUUGGCAUAUACAUUUCUUGUAGUUCCAAUUUUAGUGUUUCAAGUACUGUUAGCAAAUAAAUUGGAUGGAGAUAUUUCAUUGAAUUAUACAACAGUAGCAAUGCCACUUUUAAUAUCUCACAUAACACUUAUUUUUAUGUCAUUUGAUGCAAAAGGAGGAAAUAGAUGGUGGUUUGGUAUUAGAAAAGAUUUUUGUCAUUUUUUAUUGAGUUUAUGCCCAUUGCUUCAAGAAUAUGGUAAUAUUUCUUAUCAACCAAGAAGUGAACAGGACCAACCACCAUCAGAACCAAUGGUAUCAGAAAAAAAUGAAAAACAUGUUAAAAAAAUUGAUCUAACAAAACCUGUUGUACCUAUAAUAUCUAUUGAUAUGCCGGAUUGAUUGUGUAAUUUCGGCCCUAUUCGGGUAUAUAAAAUAUUUUUAUAGAUAUGAUUGGUUAAUACCAGAUAUCAUAUCUUAACGAGUAAUGGACAGGUGCGUAAAUAAUAGCGAAAUCUAUUAUAAAGAAGAAAAUAAAAUUAUUAUUUUCAAUACGA